AUGGCGUCUUCGAUGAUGAAAACUAUUCGUUUCGUAACUCCUUUAAGAAAAUUACAUCGUAAACGUGGCAACGAUAGGAAAUCCUUGCAACAAACCUCAGUGAAUUUGGUAGUCGUCCAAGCAUUAAAGGCUCUUCAAAUUAUUAAGGAUACUACGGCGCCGAGUAAAAUACAUCCAGAAGAUAUUCCUAAUUUUCUAUUCCGUUGGACGCAAGAGCACCACCGCUCGAACGAACCAUUUAACAUUGUUUGGUAUCAGGUAUUAAUAAAACACUACGAUGAAGAAAGUGUGGCAAUUGAAAAAUUUUUAAUAGAUAUGAACGAGAUGACAACUUUCAUGUUGCUAAUAUUAAAUAAUUAUAUAGACAAUUGCGAUCCUGAAUAUAUACGAUCAUUAUUAGACGGUGCGGUUAAGUACUUCAAUUACGAUGAAAAAUUGUGUAAACUUAUGAGAGACUACAAAAAGUCCAUGUAUGCUAAGCAAGCCUCCGACUUUAUAAAUCGUGUAAAGAAAGCAAUUAAAAGCAAGCCAUUAAAUCCUGAUGAACUAAAUAUAGAUAAUAUUAAAGUUCGUGCCAGAUUAGAAUACGAAGAUUCUAGACGUUAUCAAAUGGAAUUGAUGUUAAGUCUCGCCGAACAAGAGUUGAUUGAUAAGAUCAGUCAACAAAACGACAUUAUGGAACAUGAGGACAAGUGUAACUCGCUUAUAAUGAAUGCUUAUUAUGGCUAUCAAGAUGAAUUGAUACGAAAAUAUUCUAAAUGCGAAAAAAAUUAUCUGGCGGUAGAGGAGACAAUAACGCAUGAAGUACAAAUCUUAAAAACGAAAAUGCAGAAAUUAAAGGAUUCAUACGAAUUUUAUCAUGAAGAAUAUAAACAAAUUAACCAAAAAAUGUCCCUGAUGUAUAGAGCAAAUAAUGCGCGCGCUGCAAAACUCGCUCAGUUGAAUGGGCGAAUCACUUCAAAGAGGCAUCUCGUUCCGAAAUCAAGCUAUAAACGAAUUAAAUUGAAAAAAAUUAAAAACUCCAUGAAACCAUCAGAAGUUUUAUAA